AUGACAACAUUUUCUUCCAUUAACAACAUAGUUAGAACUUUUGGAUCUUCCAAUGGAUUAAUCGCCUUAUGUUGUGAGUAUCCUGAUGAUUCUUUAUUUGUCGACAUUGUUCUGUUCAACCCCUCUAUUAAUUCAUAUGUUUCUUUGCCCCAUUAUGAUCCACCUAAAAGUCCAAUUACUAUGAGAUCUGGGUUUAGUUUUGAGUACGAUAAUUUGAAUGAUGAUUACAAAAUUGUGAAAAGGACUGAUUAUCUUCCGCAAAAUAGUGUAUGGUUAAGGGAAGUUAAUGUUUAUAAUUUGAGAGAUAAUUGUUGGAAGACAGUCCAUGUUGAAUCUAUGAAUCAUAUGCGUUUGCAAUCAUUUUACGGAUAUGCUCUCAUCGACAAUAUAAUUUACUACAUAUUCAAUGCGCAUCUGGAAAAUAAUCCCCUGUUACGAGGGUUUGAUCUUGCAUCCUAUAAAUGGAGCGACAUUGCCUUACCAGAUUUUGAGGGUCAUGAAAUGAAAUGUACUGAUAUUGCUGGUUUAGGGGUAUUGGAUGAUUGUUUAUGCGUAGUGAGUUCAGUUUUGCCAGAAAAAGAGGGUGCUUAUGUAUGGGUGAUGAAAGAAUAUGGUGUGUGGAGUAAAUUGUUUGAUGUGAAUGACGCCAUUAAUGUUGGAGCUUUGAUUGGAGCUCCGAUUUCGUGUUCAAAUGGAGGAGAUGAACUGAUUUUGAAGAGACGAGAUGAAGAUGGUCUUCAUUGUUAUAAUAUUAAGAGAAAAGUGAUUAAACCUGUUAUUGUGAUUUGUAACAGGUGUUAUAUUCGUGAUGUUUUUCUUUGUGUGGAAAGUCUUAUUUUUACUGAUAACAUGAUUGAAGUUGGAAAUGAAGAUGCAGAUAAUUGUGAUUUGUAA